AUGUUGUCCGGCAAGAAACAACCCCUCCUGCUGCCCUUCGGCGCAGUCCUGUUGUGCUGUAUAAAGCAGAAUGCUGCGCAGGACUACAUCACGGUAAAGACGGUCAACGGGCACGUUCGUGGCAUGCUCCUAGACGUGGACGGUGCGUCCGUCGCGCAGUUCCUCGGCAUACGGUACGCGGAGCCCCCCGUUGGGCCACUUCGCUUCCGGAAGUCCCUCCCUGCCCGUUCGUGGAAGCCAGAGACUCUGGACGCCCUUGAAUUCGGAAGUCCGUGCGCGCAAGCCAACGGUUCUUUGCCUCCGGUGUCGUGGCUCGUUCCGCGAGACAAAGUCAGCGAGGACUGCCUCUUCCUCAAUGUCUGGUACCCGAUGGGCGAGGGCCAGGACAACCUCGGAGUCCUCGCGUGGAUUCACGGGGGCGGAUAUCGCGCCGGCACGGCAUCCGAUCCCGACUUCGACGGUAGAAAGCUUGCGGCUGUCGGAAACGUCGUUGUGGUCACCAUCAACUACAGGCUCGGAUCAUUCGGCUAUCUCUACACCGGGCCCGGCACGUCGACAGGCAACUACGCCCUCUGGGACCACAACUUGGCCCUCCGCUGGAUAAGGGACAACAUCGCAAGAUUCCGCGGUGAUCCCCAACGAGUGACGGUCUGGGGUGAGAGUGCCGGCAGUAUAGCCAUCGGUUGUCUGCUCCUGUCGCAGCAGAACGCGGGUCUCAUUCACAGGGCCGUACUCUCCAGCGGUAGCAAUUUCUGGCUUUUACCGCCCAUGAACCCAGCUGGUCAUGAGUUUGCCGACCGCAUUGCUGGGCACGUAGGUUGCCUGGACUCCAAGAAGCCUUCUUCCAAAACACACCCUGCCCAAGUGGUCCGGUGCCUGCGGUCGUUGCCGGCCGACGCCAUCAUCGACGCUGAGCAAACGCAGUUUCCCGACGACCUCGUCACGUUCCGACCCUCCUUCGGCGACCAGUACCUCCCACUGCCGGACCUGACGACUCUGUCUAAGAGCAUGUUCAUUCCUCUGGACAGCCUGCUCGCUGGUGCCGUCACCGAAGAAGGCAGCCUAUUUCUAUAUUUCAAGGACCACGUCCUCUUUGGCCCCUCGAUGCCCAAGCUGACAAGGAAGCAGGCCUUUGACUUCGCUCUCGAACACUACUUAGGCGCCCUGCCCGAAGGUGUUCAGACGAUGAUCAAGGAGUUCUACCAGAACAACGUCACCAGCGACGAAGACUCGCGAGGUGUGUUCCGGUCGCUGAUGGACAUGGUGGGCGACUACCUCAUCAUGUGUCCAACCAAGUUCUACGCGGAGCUUUUCGCAAAAACCAAUCGUCCCACCUACUUCUACAUGCUGGACCACAGGUCCGAGAAAGGUCGCUUCCCGCCUUACAUGGGAUCGAUGCACUUCGAGGACGUGCAGUACUUCUUUGGCCUGCCCUUCUUAUUCCCCGACCGACACACGGACGAGGAUCGGGCUUUCAGCCUACUCUGCAUGCGAGUCAUCGGUUCGUACGUCAACACAGGGACACCGCAGUUACCAGAGGACGACAUCGAUUGGCCCGUGUUCACCAAGGAGCAGCCGACGCACGUCAUGCUGCGCGCGGGAAACAGCAGCGUCGAAUGGGGAUUCCACGAAGACGGCUGUAACCUGUACAGAAAGAUCUACGAGAUGCUCAGCAUCGGCACUCCCUGA